ACCAUUUUGUGAACAUGUCUGUCAGCCAUUCUGAAGCUCUUGAACACUGCAGAAGUAAAUACGCCGACUUGGUCUCUAUACACGACGUGGAAACUGUCAACAUCCUCGCUGACAAGGCCAAAAGGGCACAAAUGGAUGAUUUGGAGGUCUGGAUUGGAUUGCACAAGGUCUCUCAUGGCUUCACUUGGUCGCUGUCCAACGACACAUUUUACGGACCAGGGGAGAGACUGUUCAGGAAAUGGAGUGGUGCAGAGCUCAGUAUUCUGGAUGGUCUACAAGGAUGUACACAGAUGAAUGAAAAUGGGUACUGGACCAAUUCCAUUUGUGCCACUCUACAGUAUUCAGUCUGCCUUAAUGUCACACAUAAUGCAACAGAAUUUGUCUUCAUUAAGGACCUCAAAAAUUGGAGCAAAGCUCAGAUCCACUGCAGGCGACAUUACACAGAUCUGGCCACUAUAAGGCACGAGGACGACAACAGAAAGGUUCGGGAGAUCAGCUCCAAUACAACAGUCUGGAUUGGCCUCUCCAGUGGCUCCUGGGAGUGGUUGGACAAAAGCAACUUUACGUUUCGAUUCUGGCAUCAUGAGCAGAAUGAGCCUGACAUUUCUGACAUUGGAGGUAUUUGUGUUGUUGCAGACUUUAGUCAGGGAGGAAAAUGGAAGGACAGGCGGUGUAAACACCAAAGGACAUUUGUCUGCUAUGAAGAACCUGAUUCCCUGCAAGUGAUCGUGGUGCAAUUUCUGACCAAAUCUCUGGAUCUGAACAAUCAAACUCUGAAUGUGGACAUCUUGAAGCAGUUGACACAGAAGGUACAAGGCGGACUUCCUGGAAAUGCGGCGCUACGCUGGAAGAAGUGGUUAGCUGGGAAAAUCUUCUUUGAGAUCAAACUAUCUUCUGCUGCUGAUCUUAUUUGACUGCGACACCACAAAAUGACAAAAUUCUUCGAUUGUCAUGAUAUACUCUUGAUGAGAGCUGGAGUAUUCGAUUUGACCCAGAGAUUUUGCUUUGAAUUCUUCACUGACUGUUUUCCUGCUUUGAAUAAACAUUUGCUUUAAAUUUGCUUUAAAAGUUCAUGUAAAACAAAUAAUGCAAAUAAAUUGUG